AAAAUGAUUGGCUUUAGUUUUGUUAAAUUAACUUCUUUUUUGUUGCUAAUCAAUUUAUUAUUAAUUCCCGUCCUGACAAUGCCAAGUCCUGAGAGUUUUGUGCCCAUGAAUUUGAAUGUUGCCGAGUUGGGUUCUGAGAUUCAACCUAUCGAAAAACGCCGUCGACGACGCGGAACUUUGCUCAAAGGAUUAGCAGGAGGCGCGGCAGCCGGACUUGGAGCUGCUCUUCUUUACAAAGCUUUCAAAAAGAAAAAUUAA